AUGACUGCAAGAUCGACUGUGCUGAUGACCAGCCCGUCAUCAACUACUACUGGAGUUGCUUUCGAAACCUCUAGUUCAACAACACUGACUACACAAAGAUCUACUUCAUCUGAAUAUAAAGAACUAACCACACAAUCUAAAAUAACUUUGCCUGCUUCAACAAUUCCAGUAGUUCAUAAUCGAACUGAUGAUCAAUUUACACGAAUACACUCUACAACUACUUCAAAACCACAAAUUGAUUAUCCAAUUCUAUGUCAAAUCAGUGGAAUAAUUUAUUUUUCAAAAUCAUUUCAACCAAUGGAAUGGUUAGAUGAUUUAAUUGAUAAUUCAAGUGAAGUUUAUCAAAAUUUUUCAUUAGAUAUACAAAAUCAAAUCAACAAUGUAAUGGAAAUAUUAGAUUUACAAUUUACUUUAUCUCUCAAGAUUCUUAACAUUAAAUUCACUAAAAUUCCUGUAACAAUGCAAAGUAUGCAUGAUAAUAAUAAUAAUACCACUAAUCUUCGAAAUUCCACCGUAACCUCUAAUAUUAGUAGUCAGAUCUCAGUGACAAUUACAUUAGAAACGAAAUUACUACUACCAUUACCAAUUAUAGACAAUAGGAUGACAGAGAUUUUAAAUGAAGGAUGGAAGCACUUAACAAUCAUAUCACAAUUCAUUUUAAUUGAUGUACAAUUUUCAAGUAUAUCAACUGAUCUUAAAACCAUUCCAACAUUACCAAUAAUGACUAUUACAGAAAAGAUGAAAAUCAAUCAAACAACUACGUCACCUAUGAUAAAAUCAACAACUGAUACCACAUUAGACAAUUUAGAAGGUAGAUUAUGA